AUGGCUUAUCGAGAGAACUCCGCAAUAUACCCCGAUCUCAAAGAUCAAAUAGCCGUGGUAAUAGGAGCGGGCCAAUCCGGAUCUCCUGAUUCCCAAAUCUGGGGCAACGGCGCAGCAAUCAGCAAAGUACUCAGCAAAUCCGGCGCGAAAAUCAUAGCCUGUGACAUAAAUCUCCUCGCAGCCCAACAAACAGCAUCACGAAUCCAGAAUGAUAGAGGAAUCUGCGAAGCAAUUCAACUCAACGCAACAAGCCACAAAGACAUAAACGAAGUAAUCAACCACAUCCUCCAAAAGCACGGCCGAAUCGACAUCCUCAUCAACAACGUUGGCCGAACCACAACCGGUGAUCCGGCCACCAUGACCGAGGAAGCCUGGGACGCCCAAAUCCAACUAAACUUGAAGACGGUAUUUCUCAGCUGCAAGGCCGUACUACCCGUCAUGGAGAAACAGGGCUCUGGGGCUAUUAUCAAUAAUGCUUCGAUUGCGGGCAUGAGGUACCUUGGUAAACCGCAGGUGGCAUAUGCGGCUGCCAAGGCCGCCGUAAUUCAUUUCACCAAAGUUACUGGGAUUAUGUAUGCGGGAAGAGGGGUUCGAGUUAACUCUGUUGCCCCUGGGAUGGUGUAUACGCCGCUAUUGGAGAAACUGGGUAAUAGCUUGUUGGCAGAGGAGCGGGAGAUUCAUAGGAAGAUUACAGAUCAUAAUGUACCCAUGGGUAGGAUGGGGGAUGCUUUUGAUGUUGCUAAUGUUGUUGCAUUUUUGGCUAGUUGUGCUUCGGGGUAUGUUACUGGGCAGAAUAUUGUUGUUGAUGGGGGACUUGUGGGCUCGACUGGAACUGGUGGUACUGGGUGGUUGUCUUCUAAACUUUAG